AUGUGCUGCUGUGCCAGUGGAUUCCUCCUGGAACAUUCGACGGGUCGCCGACAAUACAUCGCGGUUCAAUGGCCCAACCUCCCCAUAUCUGAAGGUAGCGGUCACCGCACAUGUCACCCAGUGUGUCCAAAUGAUGAUGAUGAACAAGAUAAAUUGCCUGACGAACUAGCAUAUUCAGAAGCAGGAGGAAUUACACGCUACACUGAUGAUCAGGUAUUAGCACUGAUUGAAGACGCAAGAACCAAAUCCAGUCCACGACCGGCGAAUCAAAAUGAGGAAAAAGAUCUCAACGCACUGGCGGCUAGGCUACAAGAAAACCUUUAUAACAACGACUACGGUGGUCGUCACCCAGCUUAUAGCAUGGUAGCUGGACAACAGCGUAACACAGGAAGGGCUUCACAGUCACCAAGUCAAUAUGGAAUGCCUGACCUGUCCACCUUGCAUAUUCAGCAACCUGCUACCACGUCGUCUCUACGACAACACUCCACAGGAAAUCCGUAUGAUUAUAAUGCCAUGAUGCUUGGACAACAACACAAUGAUGGAUACCCGUACAGCAGUAAUACCGUGAUGAUUCCGGAUCCACAAAGCACCUCAGGACCAUCCAACAAAAAUGUCAGGACAUAUAAAUCACAACGUCCUAAAGCAAGCUCACUGCCGCCUCUACUACCAACUCCAUCAGUACCGCCCAUCACAAAUGUCAAGGGAACUAAGCAACGAGGCACCACAGGACCGCCUGACAAUAAUCCCAGUACAUCUAGAACACAAAGCAACAACCCAGCACAACAGAAAGUAAGGACAAUUUUAGGCACGCUCAUGUCUCUCGUGGCUAUCAAACAUAAGAACAACCCUGAAAUACGCCAGCUCGAAGAUGGAUGGACAACCGUCCAAAAUAUUAAGGGACAAUUCCUUGGCACAUGGUUUCUUCCAAAAGAGAUGUCAAAGUUGAAACUAAUUCCAGAAGACGCGCUCUGGAUGCGUAUAAAAAUACUAACUCAAAGAUUUACCAAACCUAAAGCGUUUGAUGUGCUGGUACGCCAAGGUAUACCGGUCGGAGAAUAUCGUAAAAACGAUUUUUACGCGUACCGGUAUUAGCCAGAGACAGUUGCACAUACUCGUCCAGCAGGAAAAACUGAAUGACAAGAUUAAGAAAUGCUACGAGUUCUUCUAUGAUGCAAGAAUUAUUUGAUGUUUACAUUUCCGAACAGAAAAUUGAUGCAUUUACUUUAUUUAAGGACAAAUUGAUUUCACGAGUGGGAAACAUAUCUGAUUUUUUUAAAUCAAGGUCGAGAAUAAAUUUAUUACUUGUUUAUU